AUGCCGUUCUUAUAUUUGAAGGAGUUGGAGAUGAUCUGGGUAGACCGCUCCAACCCCGAGUCGCGACGUGCGGCCAAGGAGGCCAUCGCGAACCAUGCCACAGAGUGGCAAAGAGGAGAACGACCUCUGCUGAUCUGGCCGGAAGGCACGACAUCCAACGGCCAGGGAAUCAAAGACUUCAAGCAUGGUGCCUUCUUGCCCGGGGUGCCCGUGCGGCCCGUGUUGAUCAAGUACACAGGUGACUGGGAUCCUUCCAACGUCAGCUUCCGAGAUGCGAAGGGCGAGAUGAAGCCAGCGGAGGCUUAUGGCGAUCGCCAGUGGGUCGAGCAGUUUUUGGGUCACAUGCUGCACAGCUGCACAGUGCUCAUCUGCAAGCCUUACACCCCGAGCGAGGAAGAGAAAGCAAGCCCAGAGCUGUUCAAGGCAAAUGUGCACAAGCUCAUGUCAGAGAGGCUCAAUGAGCUGAACGACUACACGGAGCGCCAAAGGGAAAGCAAGGGCGCCGGCAUCCCCAAGGGAUUGAAGCAAGUUGGCGGCGCUCUGUUCGGCAACGUCGAAGCCUUUCUGCAGUCUGCGCAGCAUCGUUUGUCGGAGAAGUCCGAGGAAGUGCAGACAGCCAUCCCUUGGCUACAGAAGCUGACAACUCGACUUCGAGCGAAGUCCGACGGAUACAUCGCCUGA